AUGGGUCCAAUCAAAAAUGCCUUCAUCAAGGGGAUGAAUAUCAUCCUGCCCAAGUUGGAGAACCCUCCACGCGAGUCCUGGUCCAAGCAGUUAACUAAGGGAACCCCUGAGGAGGCCAUGAUCUCUUCCACCCCAGACAUUGAGCUGGUGGACAUGGAGAAAGAAUUUCUACGGGUAUGCUCCAGACAGGCAACCAAGGGAAGCUCCGAUGAUGCUAUGCCGCCUUUUACCUCAGAUAUUGAGCCGGUGGAGAUGGAAGCAGAACCUCCCUGCGCAUGCUAUGAUCUGGGCAUUGAGUGUCUGGAGGUUGCCUACCUCAACACCCCGUCCUUCGAGUCUCUCCAAACCAAAGAGUCUGGCCUGGAUUACAUCAGGUACUCGGUCAGUCUCUUGGAGCAGAUGAGCACCUGCGAGAAGUGCGCAGAGGAGACCACCGCGCAGGAGUUCCUCUUUUUGUUCUGCCGCGCAAUCUUGCAACAGUGCCGGGCCUUCUACGACAUGGUGGCCCAGACCCGCGACGACGAGGACCAGCAACCUCUUCUGCUGCCUGGUCACAUGUGGGUGACGGAUAGGGUGAGCGCCGUGUUCGUCCUUGGUAUGCUCACUGAAGGCCAGAUGAAGCGCUUCCAUACCUGUGUGGGCCGCAUUAUUGAGACGCUCAGAGAUCACCCGGUUUUCGAUGAGGAUGCCUGGAUGCUGAUGGAGGCACAGGCCUACAGACUGGUUGUGGACUCGGCCAUGUGUUAG